UUAUUGUGUAGGAGGAGCCUGGUUACAAAAUGACUGCCUUUCUUCCUCCUAACCUUUUAGCUUUAUUUGCUCCGAGAGAGCCUUUACUCUACCUGCCACCAACAGAUCAGAGACCGUGGGAGAAGAAGCCAUGGCCUUAUGAUGGGGUUUCUCAAUGCCUGGGAGAUUUUGAGGAUCCCCAAGACACUCCCGAGCCUACCCGAGGAGAGACGAGAGAUGAAAGACGUGCUAGAAAAAGGAAGGAGAGAGAUGAAAGAUACCGUUUGAAAUUAGAAUCUGAAAUUGAAACCUGGGACCCUAGUAAUGAUAGCAAAAUAAGUGGCGACCCUUUCAAGACGUUAUUUGUGGGAAGAAUAAACUUUGAUACAUCUGAGGGAAAGCUGCGCAGAGAGUUUGAAUCAUAUGGGCCAGUUAAAAGAAUCAAUAUAGUGUCUGAUCCUAAAAGUGGUAAACCAAGAGGAUAUGCUUUUGUUGAAUAUGAGAAUGAACGUGACAUGCACUCUGCUUAUAAAUAUGCCGAUGGGAAGAAGAUUGACGGUAAGCGAGUGGUUGUUGAUGUGGAGAGAGGUAGGACUGUGAAGAGCUGGAAACCAAGAAGACUAGGUGGGGGUUUGGGUGGCACUAGGAAAGGAGCUCCUCAUGAAUGUAUUAAAUAUUCAGGAAGAGUUGAUGAAAGGGAAAAUGAAAAGGAUAGAGACGGUGAUAAGGACAGAGAUAGGGACAGAGAGAGAGAUAGGGAAAGAGAACGUUACCAUGAGGAAAGGAGAGGAGGACACAGAGACAGAGAUAGGGACAGGGACAGGGAUAGAGACAGAGAGAGGAGGAACAGCAGGAGAAGCCGAAGUAGAGAGAGGGACAGAGACAGGGAGAGGAAAAGAAGGAGCAGAAGCAGGGAGAGAGAUAGAGAUAGAAAGGAUAGAAGCAGGAGCAGGGAGAGAGACAGAGAUAGGAAGGACAGAAGCAGAAGCCGUGAUAAAGACAGAAAAGAUAAAGACAGAAAGAGAGACAAAGACAAGGAUCGAGAGAGACGGCAUAGUAGGAAGCAUGACAAGGAAAAGAAAGAUAAAGAUAAGGACAAAACUGAGAAGGAGAUGAAAGCUGAAGAUGGAGAACUGAAAGAGGUUGAGAAGGGAAGUGAGAUGGAUAAUGGUGAGCUCAAUAAUCACGUCAAAUCCGAACCAAUGGAAUCCUGAGGCUGCUCUUUAAUUAGAAUAAACACUAACAAUAAUUAUU